AUGUAUAUUAUGUGAUUAGAUGACGUUGACAAGGUUGAAAAACUGCGUGCCGAUCUUGAGCCUACGAAUUCUUCGCGUAGUAGUAUUCGUUUGUUUUGGGAACGUCCAGCUCGCCCGAAUGGUGCAGUAGUCUCGUACACUAUAAUGUAUGAACUGCAAACACAGGAUGCAGUUGAGGAGAAGAAAUGCAUUACAGAAGUUGAUUACACUGAGCUAGACUACCAACACAACGGCUAUGUUCUGACGGGCCUGUUCACUGGCAAUUACAGUAUACGAAUACGCACAAACUCUAUGGCUGGUGAAGGAAAAUUUUCGAGAACCAUCUACAUUUACAUUCCACCUACCACUCCAUCACCAGCUCUUAUAGCUGGGAUCUGUGUCGCAUUAUUGACGUUGUUGUCAUUAAUUGGGGGCACAAUAUAUUUUCUAGUUCGCAAGCGUUUUCUUACGCCGCCAUCUGAUUUAAAAAUGUUUCCCACCGUAAAUCCCUAUUAUAUCAGUCUUCAGUAUAUACCUGACGAAUGGGAGGUGGCUCGAGACCGGGUUAUACAACUGAAUCCCCUUGGUCAAGGAUCGUUUGGCAUGGUGUACGAAGGAAUAUUAAAGGGUUAUAAUAACAGCGCCGAGGAUACUCCGUGCGCCGUUAAAACGGUAAAUGAAAAUGCCACGGACCGUGAGCGCAUGAAUUUCUUAAAUGAGGCUAGCGUGAUGAAACAGUUUGACACCUACCAUGUGGUCCGAUUACUAGGAGUUUGUUCCCGUGGCCAACCUGCGUUGGUAAUUAUGGAAUUAAUGAAGAACGGCGACCUUAAAUCGUAUCUUCGCGCUCAUCGUCCGGACGAGCGGGAUGAGUUUGGCAUGACAUUGGCCGAAAGAGGUCUAUCCUCGCAACCCCCUCCAUUAAGUCGCAUUUAUCAGAUGGCUAUAGAAAUAGCUGACGGUAUGGCCUAUUUGUCAGCAAAGAAAUUCGUUCAUAGGGAUUUAGCGGCGCGCAACUGUAUGGUAGCUGCUGAUUUAACCGUGAAAAUAGGCGAUUUUGGUAUGACGCGUGAUAUUUAUGAAACUGACUAUUAUCGCAAGGGUACAAAAGGCUUGUUGCCAGUACGGUGGAUGCCUCCAGAGAGUUUAAGAGAUGGUGUAUAUUCCAGUGCCAGUGACGUGUUCAGUUAUGGUGUAGUUUUAUGGGAGAUGUCCACUUUAGCUUCGCAACCAUAUCAAGGUCUGUCUAACGAUCAAGUACUGCGCUAUGUCAUUGAGGGCGGUGUUAUGGAGAGACCUGAAAAUUGUCCAGACAAAUUGUAUAGUUUAAUGCAAAAGUGUUGGCAUCAUCGACCAACCGCUCGUCCUACCUUUAUGGAGAUUAUUCGCUAUUUAGCAGAUUUGGCUGAUCCACAUUUUCGUGAAGUUUCAUUUUAUCAUUCAGAAGAAGGACAACAAGUUCUUGCUAAAGAAGUUGCUGAAAGAAAUCAAAGAUCUGGCGAUGUGUUUGAGGAACCUGAGAACGAUAUGGAAGAUGUAACUACACCACUGCGUAUGGAAGAGUACGGUGGUUUUCAAUUGGCUGAAGAAAAUGACUCCUCUGGCGAGAAUCAAGUUGAAAGUCCCAUAACAAUGAAUAUCGAACCUCCUCAUUCGCCAUGCAGUCUUGGCUCGGCCAUAGUUGUAAGCAGCACACCAGAUGUCCAAUCGAAAAAUAGUCUGAUUUUAUCACAAAAUUUGCAUCAUAACCAAGGCUUGAGUUCCUUGCCUUCAACAUCAAGCGGUCUUGCACGAGUAAACAGUCAGUUGCAAUCACAUAUCCAACCCCAUCAGCGGCAACUCUAUCCACCCUCCCAGCGGCGAUUUCUUCACGGCAUUGUACGAGGCACGGUAGAUGAUGUUGAUGCGUAUGUGCAGCCAGAUUACGAAGAAAACGAAGAAAGAGGAAGGAUCGGAACGGACGAACGUGGUUACGAACUAUAUGAUCCAAGUCCAAACUAUAGACAACAAGUUUCCUGCCAUGCAGGCGAUGAUGAAGAGGAUAACUUUGCCAUACCGUCCGCAGGGCAAAACUUAUUGUUAGGUUCUAGAGAACGUCAGAUACUGCCGAGGAUUAUGCCUUUGUCGAGCUCAGUGCCUGAUGACGUUAUAGGUCAACCAACUGCAUCUUCAUUACACCCUUCCACAGCUUCUGCUGCGUCAUCGAAUACAUCUUCGAAAGCAACAACGACUGGCAAAUAUUCUAACCUAAAAGCUGUUGCCGAUUCUUUAGGCAAUAGCUUGAUGCCUACCCUUUUGCGUAAAAAUAUACGCUUUUUCAAUCACAAACGUUCCGGUAGCAAUGUAAGCCACAAUAGCUCCAGUUCUAAUCCAUGCGCACCAAUUAGCGGAGCCGGUGAUGGGAGUAGCAGUAACUUGACUCGUGGCGGCCGUGGCAAAAGUAUGAGCGGUCAAAACUUGGGAACCAUAGAAAGUGGAGGUAGUGGGAGCGCGGGCAGUUUUUGCUCCAAUCCACGAUUUUUCACACCAGCAGCGAGUAUAAGUGAAAAUCCUAAUUACCGAAGGCUGAAUGAAUCGUCAUCCGUUGAAGGUGGUGGCGACGCAAGUAAACUGAAACCAAAACUUCCCUCAACUUCUACAUUUACUAUCAGUUCCAAUCCCAACUAUCAAAUACUGGACGAAUCUCUCAAUAGUUCGGGAACGUCUUCGGCAAAUCCUAAUUAUCAAUUGCAAACGUGUCCAAUAACAACUACAUCCCAAAGUAGUGAAAAUGCCAACUAUGUAAUCAUGAGUGAACCGCAGCAGAAUGAAGAUAUCGGAAAUACCGUGAAUGUAAGUGAGAAUCCUAAUUAUCAGAUGAUGGGUCCCUCUCUCUUACUCGCUACAACUGCCACCGAAAUGCAAGCCACUCAGCUUGAGCGCGACCGUUUGGAUAAGUUUUCAUGUUCACCAUCGUCAUCUUCCUCUCCGCAUGAAUCCGAAGAAGAUUUUGAAACUACCGACGGGAUGAAAAUGGAUCGGAUACCGUUAAGUCGGCGAAGCAGCAAUAGUCAAUCCCAACAUAAACGCAACAGCGAUCGAAGUCGAAGCAGCAGCGGUCAUAGCCAUGCUACAACACCGACUAAUACACCCUCAACAAGUACUGGAGGGCAUGGAACACAGCUAAGGCUAAUACCAACGUCUACGUUUUCGCUCAAGGAAAAAUGGCUGAAACAGCAGCAACAACAACAAUCCUCACCACCACCUCCACCAAACGGUUUUGUAGGACGAGAAGCGUAGAAUCUUGCUGCAGCUAUAUCCUGUAAAUAGCUUAUGUUUGCUUAUCCACAAAAAAUAUUAAUCAGGCGCACAAAAAAAAAUGUGUACGAAUUUUAAAAACUCCCUAAGCCAACAAGCUUCGUUUAUAAAGUGAGAGCUGAACAAACGAACUGUAUAUAGGAAAUAUAUAUAUAUAUAUAUAUAUUUUCUGUAAAAAAUAAUGAGGAUUUUCCCACACUUUCUUUUAUGCGAAAAGAACAAAACAAAACAAAGAAAAUCACAUUAUAAUUUAAUACAUAAGACAUCACGUCAUCGUUAUUUUGUGAAACCUUCAAAUUAGAAUUAGCCACACCAAUCAAAAAACAACAAACUGUUGCAUUAAGAACACAUUAAAAGAACGAUAGGUUUAUAUAAUGUUCACUAUUUACAUCAAAUUACAUGCUUAUUUACAUUCAUGCAUAUAUAGGUACAUACAUGUAUAUUAGAUGUACACGGUUUGGUACAACUUCAUGGAAUUAUUUUUCAGUUUCAUUAUGUACACAUGUAGGAGGAAAUGCAUACGUACGUUUGUGAGCUACUUGUAAGCUUACUGUAAUCCGGUUCAUAUUACGUACAGAGUCCGUUCAUAUGCAAAAGCUAAUUAUAAAAGUUUGAAUAAGACGGUAAGGAUUCGGACAGAAGAUUUCUAAUACAUCAAUUGACAUUUUCAUAUGGUUCCAUCAUAGACUUCCAUUUAAUCACAAGAUCUUUUGAAUGCUUUUUUAAAAGUAUCCGGCUGAAUUUUGCCAUAUUCUUACAACAUCCAAAAAUAUGAAUCAGCGAACACAUAGGUAUAAAAUUAAGAAUAUAAUUCUAUGCUUAGUUAGUCUUGACUGUCCUUUCUUUUACGGGCUUCAAUUUUCGUAUUCUGAAGAUCACGAAGCGUAAAAUAGCAGAUUGCAACUCCAUAGACACAAUCUUGGAACAAUUUUACAAGAAAAGCUGUAGAGUGGAACUGUUCCAACCACAUAUGAAAAAUGUCAAUAUUUUUUGAAAACAUCAGAAUAUAUUCAGGAUAUGUUAAGCAAUAAUUUACGGUAUGUAAGAUAAAAAGCUCGGCAUCUGAAAACGAAAUUUGAAAAUCAAUCAUUUUUAAAUUUGUUCAAGAAAUUCUAUAUCGAUUUGUUCUAUUCCGCUCUUUUCCUUCUGUCCGUUUGAAGCAGUUUAUAAGACUGAUGGGAAUGUAAAAACUUCUUUUUAUACGUAUUUUUGGAAUAAUGGCGGAAAUAAAUCAAAAAAUAUCCGAAAGAUUCGGGUGGUAGGUUCUGACAUGAUUUCAAAUUUCAAGAUUGCACAUAGAUUUCUCUUCAUCUAAAAAUAGCUUAAAAACAAGACCAUAAAUUAUGUAUGUUUACGUGUUUACGGAUGUCUACACAGGUUUUUGGAAAAACUUUGACUUCAAUUUUGGUUACGCAUUUAUGGAAAAGACGCUCAUUUUCGUUAAGGGUUAAAGGUUUGAUCUUGUUGUAAAAAGAGUAGUUUCGUCCUAAUUGGUCCGCAAUAAACUCUGAAUUGUAGUCAAUUUUGUAAUUAAUUGAAACAAAAUUUAACAGAAGAUAAAAAUACCGUCCGGUUACCCAUAACUUUGUAAGAUGUGAUCACUUAAUGAUACAAACUUGAAUUUAAGCGACGUACUGUAAAGUUUCUUUCAUGUAAAAUUGUAAAAAAGUCUUUUGAAAUUAUUCUAAAUAUUAUUUCAUACUUUUUUAUUAAAAAAAAAAAAUUGAUUGAAUCUGUAUUAAAAGAUUCUUUAAAGUUUACUAAAAGAGCUUCUAUAAAGAAAUUUUAAGGAAAGUUUGGAUAAACAAAAACCAUCCUAAGGCGACUGAAUGUAUCUUGACUUUCUCGUCGUAUUGCUGCUGUUGUAGAAGCUGGAGUAAUUGCGACAUACGAUAUAUAAACACGUGCAUAAUCAUCAUCAUUAUUGUUCCUAUCAGUAUCGUUAAAAAA